CCUCAUGUCUUCUACCUCUAAUAUGUUCCCCGCCCCUAUGGGAGGGGUUCCCCUUCACAUUGAUAUUGCCCCAGCUUUAUUCUUCGAUAUUCUAUACGGUUUCAUUCUCGCUCUCGUAGCCUACCGAUUCAUCUCCAAGAGCUCGCGCACGCUCGCGAUCCUCGGCACCAUCAUCUUCACAUGUGAACGAAUCGUCGAUUUCUCCGUCCGCUCUGCCGAGGCGUACAAUUCGGACCUGCGCACGCCCAAGGCGUACGUCAACUUCCUGCAGGGCGGGUACGCCAUUGGCGUGGUCGGGAUGACCCAAGAUAUCGGCACGCUCGUCAUGAUCUUCCUUGUCAACAGCACGCGCGGCAACGACGCGCUCCCCCUCGCCAAAACUCUGCCAGCAGACUCACAGGUGGUCGAGGACGCUGAGCGCGCUGAGCUGCUGCGGCCCAAGUUCUACGAACACGGUUCCUCCGUGAGCUCGAGCAGGUUUCUCGGGAUGCAGGUGUCCCAGGCAGACAUGCCAAUGGAGGACGAGCCGAGGCGCAGGCACUGGAUCAGGAUGUUCUGCCUGGCUCAGCUGCCGCUGCGCCUUACGGCCAUGGCCCUAGGAGCUGUCUCCAGCGCGUCUUACUACGCGGGCGAGAUGAGCCAUUACGAUGCCAUGUUGGUCCAGCACUCACGGUACAUCUCAGCGGGCUUGGCUCUGUUCCUACUCCAGAGCAGCAACCUUCUCUUGCUCUGGGGUCUCGUCACGCGCCCCCUGCGAGUAGCCAUCGUGCCUGCGCUCUACCUCUCCUUUCUCUGCUGCAUCCUCUCGAUCACCCCGAUCUACCGGCUCGCCGCGAUGGCCAACUGGACGGACUCGCUCCUCGCGAUGGGCCCGGGCUCACACAACGGCACCGCGGCGAAGGUGCUCUUUUACUGCCUGCAGAUCACCCCGGAGACAAUCGCGCUCCUGAUGAUGCUCGUCGUCAACGUCAAGCAGAUGUUCGACAUCAACCAUGGGCUGGCGGACCUGGCUUUCAAGGAUCCCAAGUGAAUGCUGGGUGUUGACGGAGUGUAGAUGGUUGAUGAGGCUAUAUCAUGAUGACUGAUGUGCGGACAGUAUUCUGAGCUCACGAUUUGUUUGACGGACCCAGUAUUGUAUCUAGUUCUAUUUGCUUGCGUACUGUAUCCAUAAGGGUGCUGUAAUGUUGCCGGACAAUGCAUUUGACACGCUCACGUAUUUAAGUUG